AUGGACGACGACACAGGUUCCCAAAGCCUGCUGCAAUUUGUGCUUGAAUUGUUCGCUCGAAAACGACCGCAAAGAUCGGCAUCGACGUCACUGAGAUCACGAGAACGCGAGGGCUGGCUACGGAUGGACGCAUAUACAGCAUCGCUACAAGCCGAUGAUCUUUGCGAAGCUGGCCCAGAGAGCGGCGAGAGAGUCAGACGGACUCUAAGCGCAUUUGAACGUCUUGUUCAAGACGACUCCGAUCGAGAUAUAGAUACCCAGAGCUCCCAACCACCUGGGUAUGAGCGGUAUCCGAAGCUUCGCGGCAUAAUCGAGAAUCCAACUCGCGGUCUGCAUACCGACCCAGACACUGCCAUCCGCAUUAGCAAACGAGGAAGAGAGUGCGAUAAUGCGAUUCAGGAACUUUCGCAUUUGGAACAGGAGAGAAAGAAGCGCCGAGUCCUGCCUCAUGAGGAGCCAUAUCAUGGAUCCAAUCUCGACGACCCCGAUGCCGACUUCGCCGUGCUGAUGAGGAGACAUUUAGUUUCCUUGGACAAUGCGUUGCGAAGACAGUGGGUUUGCGUUUGCCAGAAGUGCUCAGGAUUGAGCGUGAGACUGGCGCUGCCACAACACAAUAAAGGUCUCGAGGCGGUAGCGAGUUUCGAAGUAUUCUUCGGCGUGCGGUCUAUACCUGCAAAUACAUUGCAAGAAGCGAAGAUCACGGUCAAAGACCUGCAGAACAGCACAUCAAGGCACUCAUCUGAGCCUAUGUGUACAAUGAGAAGCCCGCCCGAUCUUGCCCACAUAUGCCAAAGCAUCACAGAGUCUCUCGGCCAGCGAACUUGCUUGCAUUUCGUUCUCGAGCAUGGAACAUUUCAGAGACUUCGCCCGCAACCAAGGACAUUUGGUAGUGACCGAAUGUCUCGAACAGUAUCCUUGUCAGCAUUAUUCAGUCGUCAGCAAGAGUUACUUCGUGGUGAAUCGGUACUGCCGCUCAAGGGGAAGCGAAUCCUGGCUGUUACACUGGCUUCGGCACUUCUUCCCUUCUUGGAGACACCGUGGCUGGAGUUCUCCUUCAACCACUUCAUGAUCCAGUUUUUUGAGCCACGGCAGGAUGGAGAACUACCCAAUAUCACGAAACCUUUCCUGGUUCUAGAGCACGUUCCAACCAUCCCAGCCCGCCAUGCAGACACCGAAGACAGUUCUCGCGCCUCGAAACACAUGGUUCAUCCCAAUGCCAGUGUGCUAGCGCUAGGCAUACUCUUGUGUGAGCUUCACUAUUGCACUCCCGUGGAGCUGAUGGCAAAGAAGUUGCAGAGCCCGCAUGCCGCCAGGAAUGUUAAUGAUGAUUUCUAUACCUGUCUCGAAAAGCUUGACGCUUUGGAAGCUGACGCUGGCGUGGAUUACUAUCUAGCUACGAAAGCAUGCCUUUAUGCGGAGUACCUUCCCCUUGGUGAGAGUGCUGGCUUCGAGGAUGUUAGCGUUCAGCGUCUCUUCUAUCAAAGCGUCGUCGAACGACUGGAGGCCGAGAUCUUCAAGACUUGGAAUAUUCGAUUAGAGGACUUGGGUUCCUUCAAUUCUCGACAGAAUGAAUCAUGUUGGGGCUCUGUCGGUCGAGACGUUGUCCGCCAUCGUACGGGCAAUGUCGAUUCCUCUGAUGCAAACUAUACGGCAAGGGCCAUUCCGCAUCGUUUAAUGUCUGAUGCCGCGCCCGUAAUCAACGCAUCCGUCCACUCAGAUGUCGUGCUAGGGAUGUCGGCACAAACGUCUCUGAGACCGCAAGCCCCUGGAUACCUCGCCGAGCCUUCAGAGAAGAGCCUGUACUUUUUUGAUGCAAGCCACCAGACGGGCCCUGAACAAGAGAAUCCACUGUCGCAACAAUGGAUGGACAAGCUGCUGUCCUCGAUCUGGCCCUAUGUCGACCCUGUUCUCGGCCUUGCUGAACCAGUGCGAAUAGCGAUCCUAGACUCCGGACUCGACCCUGAAAAUCCAUUCCUGAUCGAGGAUCAACAGUUAGCCAAACCGCGAGUCAAGGAAACGCGAAGUUUUGUCCAUGGAACAAGACCGCAUGAAAUUCAAGACGAGAUUGGGCACGGCACUCAUGCCCUUGGCCUCCUUCUCAAAGUCGCCCCAAGCGCUGAAAUCUAUGCCAUCGAUCAUGCAGUUGACCAAUGGAAAGUGGACAUUAUAUCCAUGUCAUUCGGUAUUCGCGAAGAUCACGAGCCCAUAAACACAGCUAUAUCGAAUGCAGUGAAUAAGCGGACGUUGUUGUUCGCGGCAGCAUCGAACGAUGGAGCAAAUCUUGGCAGAGCUUUUCCAGCUCAGCAUCGCAGCGUCUUUUGUAUACACUCAACCGAUGGAAAUGGCAAUCCCUCUCAGUUUAACCCCACAGCAAGCGAAACGGACGUCAACUUCAGUCUACUGGGGGAGGAUGUCUCUUCUCACUGGCCGGCUGGCAUAGAUGGACACGAUCAGACUGUCAGAGUUAUGACGGGAACAUCAGUCGCAACGCCGAUUGCCGCUGGCCUGGCCGCGUCAGUCCUGUCUUUUGUUCGGCAGCAGGAUCAACAUAUCGCUGCCGAAGAUGAAAGACUGGGACCGUGGCUGAAGAGAGACAAUUCCAUGGAUGCGGUCUUCAAGAGCAUGGUCAAACAGAGACGGGGAGUAGGCUACGACUACAUCACGCCUCAUAUGCUCUUUGAUAGCGGCUCGACAAGGGAGAGGGUAUACGAGAGAAUCAAGGAUAUCAAAAGGAACAUGUACAAAUAACAGAGUCAAAUCUCACAUGGUCACUGAUGUGUAUCUCCGUUGUAGUCCAAGAUUCGUUUAGCAUGCUCAAGCGGGAACGCAAUAGACGUUGCCGUUCUCAGUCACAUCGGGGACAAUCUCAGCAGUUUUGAUAUCAGCUCCAUCCACGUCCUCGACCAAAACACAUCCAUCACCAUCUUUCUUCCCGCUAAUCGUCAUAAAGGCGCCCUUGUUGUACUCUUCAAGCUUCAGUCUCCGCCCAAACUUGAGCCUCUUUACGCAAAACGCAAACACAAAUUCUGACUCGCGAUUGAACUCUGUCGCAUCACCAUUCGUGUCAGUCCAGUGGCCUUUCGGGCCAAAGGUCGUGCCCAGCGCGGUCACGUCGAUGCCAAGAUUCCCCUUGGCCGUCGUGCUCUGUGAAGUCGAAUACUUGAUCUUG